AUGGCCACAUUAUUUCUGGAACGCCGCCUCAACAGCCAUACGGCUGCUCCGAUAAAGCCUUACAGCAGCAGCUUACGUCGCCUUCGGCACCCAGCCUUACAGACUAGUUAUACCAGAAGGACGAAAAAAUCGUCACUAUCAAAAGAGAACUCUCGUUGCGUAUAUAAUCUGUGCAAAAGGACGAAAAAGCAGGCCAAAUUAAGGGUCUUGAGUAUCAAGUCAAGACUCUGGAAGACAAGCAACUCCACCUGCAAGAUUACAUUGAUAGUCUGGAGCAGCGUUUGGUUGACCUUGAAGGUUUUGCCUUGGACUUCGUUCCACUCUCCCUGCCAGCCGUCCCGGCUCCCAUCACCCCUAAGCGACAGUCAACACUGCCUACCAAGGCCUUGCCCGGCAACAAGCCUCCCUCUGGCAACAAGACGUUCCCAGGCACCAAACCUAUCAACCAGCCUUCCACAGGCAACGGCCCUCGCACCCGCUCGUCCUCACCCUCGCCCGGGACCAAGACCUCGCCUGGCAAGCCACGCCGGGAGCGUUUGGUCCGCUCGCCUCAGCCCUGCGCCCGUUCAACCUGCGGCACCGCCUUUGCCUCGCGCAAGCAACCGUUUACCCACUUACAUGAGACUGGCUACACCAGACCUGAGGCGAUACUUCCGCCGAUACCGCCUUCACCCACACCCCCAGUACUUUCAAGGAUUUCGUCAUCAAGAAUAGCAGCUGGCGUAAUGGGAAUCUAGUCUAAGUCGAUGUAAGCCGACUGAUGGCUCUGUUGACCGCUGUCAGCUCUGAUAUUGGCAUAGGUCUAGCAACUUGAUCUUCACUGCUUACAACUGUGGGUUGUAAGUCUUUUCUUAUAUGGGCCUUGCAAACAGUGCUUUGCAAGCCUUUCUUUCUUUAUGGCGACCUGGCACCAGCUUUCCUUUAUUUAAUUACUUUGAGCUUCUCCUAGUUGGUUAACCCCUCUUAUUGUCCGCCCUGCCCAUAAGCCCCUAUUUGUCAAUUACGACUUGCUUCCACUUGCAAAGGCAAUUUAAGAGUUAGUUUAACGGUUAAUUACUGGGAAUAGUUGCAAGUCUCUUACACUUCAGAUCCAUGGAGCUAUUGACAAUUAAUAGAUUAGUUGCAGUUAUUGAGGACGAUAACGUUUUCCGUUGUUGCCGGUAUUUACUACCCCAAGGCACAUUUUCUAUAAUAGACUAGAU